UUGUCAUCGUGUGUGUGCUGUGUGUUGUGUGUGUGAGAGAGAGAAGAGCAGCAGCAAGCAUCAAUCCAAGCUUUUUGUGGCGGCAUCUAUCUAUUUAUCUAUCCAGUUCUCACUCGACUUGGGGGGGUUGACCCGAUUCUGAUGGAAUUUGUCCACUGAUAUCUCCAAGAACUCGUCGUCUCCUUCCCCCUCAAGUCAGUCAGUCAGUCAGUCAGUCUGUGUGUACCAAGAUCAACUUGCAGAGGGAGGGGUUUAUAAUGUCUGCCGCCCACCUACGACAGAGAGAGAUUGUUGUGAUAUUUAACUAUGAGUUCCUUGACAUCUGAAGAACAACAACAAAGGAUUAAUGAAGUGAGGAAGUUGCUAGGACAAUUGCCAGAUAAAUCAUGGGUUGCUGCAUACUGCUGUGAUGCCUCAAUCUCUAGAUACUUGAGGGCUAGGAACUGGAAUGUUAAAAAGGCUACUAAGAUGCUUAAAGAUUCCUUGAAAUGGAGGCUGGCUUACAAACCGGAAGAAAUUCAAUGGGAUGAAGUUGCCCAUGAAGCUGAAACGGGCAAAAUCUACAGGUCGGACUAUGAAGACAAGCAAGGGAGAACAGUUCUAGUUAUGACACCAAGUCGCGAGAAUUCGAAAACAGUAAAGUCAAAGAUCAAGUACCUUGUAUAUUGCAUGGAGAACGCCAUCAUGAAUCUGGCGGAGGAGCAGGAACAGAUGGUCUGGCUAAUAGACUUUCAGGGCUUCAACUUAUCAAACGUGUCCCUUAAGGUCACACAAGAAACCGCCCAUGUCCUUCAAAGCCAUUAUCCCGAAAGACUGGGUAUUGCAAUACUGUACAACCCUCCCAAGUUCUUCGAACCAUUCUGGAAGCUGGCAAAACCAUUCCUAGAAGCAAAAACAGCUAAUAAAGUGAAGUUUGCUUACUCGGACGAUCCCAACAGCAUGAAGCUAAUGGAGGAAGUAUUCGACUUGGAGAAGGUGGAGUCAAGCUUUGGGGGGAAAGUGGAGUCGAAGUUUGACAUUGGUAAGUAUGCAGAAAGGAUGAGAGAAGAUGACAAGAAGAUGUCCUCUUUUUGGGGGGGAAUUAGAUCAACACUAGGGAAUGAUGAUAAUAACACUCACAAAACCACAGAGCCGGAGGAGGAGAAGGCAGUAGACAUAUUAUCAUCGUCUAAUUCUCAAGACGUGCCAAAUUAAGUGUAAGAGUUAAAUAUGAUGAAUUCCAUAGACCUGUAUUUGUAAACUGUAAUUCAGAAAUACAUAAUUAUUGAUCAUUCUUCUCUGAUCGA